CCAGGCAUUAGAGUAACUAUGGAGAGAUAAUGAGAGUGCUGCCUGACCUGAGAAAGCUGGAGUAAAACAGAAAGAUUUGUUUUGUAGGUGGAGUCAGUGUAGAUCAGGGGAGGGUGAGAAAUGACGACUUUGAACAUGUGCAUAGAAGUGUGAGGAGUGAGGUUUUCGAGCUGCACUAGCUGAAGCAGGGAGUGAGAAAGACACUCAGAAGAGUAUUGUUUUUUCACAGAAGCUGCAGAGGCCCACAAGGCUGCAACAAAAAAAAAAGGAAGUCAGAUAAUCAGCUUGGGAAAUGACAGUGUAAAUUAUUUGCUGUAGCUCCGCUCAGAAAACAGGGAGGUCUUACCACAGAAAUGAACGGUGAUGGCAGCAAACAGCGUUAUGUGUCCACUUUCAGGAUGCACAUCAAGCCCCCCUGUGCAUCCUCUGCAUCAGGGAAGGAGUCGAGAUCAAAUGACACAAGGACUUUAGAAAAAUCUUCUGACACAGGCCUCCCCUCACUCCACACCGCUCUUCCACAUUCAGGGUGUCAUAAACUCCCUUCCAGUCAAUGCCUCGAUCCACCGGUCUUCAUAGAGCCCCUGCAGGACUGCUGUGCGGACGAAGGAAGUGACGUCACUCUGCGGGGGGUUAUCACCGGCAGUCAGCCAAUCAAAGUGUCCUGGCUGCACAAUGGUGAAGUGGCCCGUUUUGGGGGUUCAUCCUUCGAUGGCAGGGAGAUGAGUUUUGUGGUGACAGAGUGCUUACCUGAAGAUGCUGGUGCCUACACAUGCCUGGCAGAAAACAAUGCAGGGAAGACGUCCUGCUGCGCUGCCGUGUUUGUCAAGGACUUUGAAACUAUCUACGGUGCACAGAAUUGUGUCUCAAAGAACCCAACUUCUGCUUCUGAGAGCAAAACACAGAAUGGAAGGUCACCACGGUCCCCCAAAGACGAGCCACGGAACUUAAAAGCAUCUUUUUGUACUUCUCCUAAAGGCUCCGAUAAGCCUUGCCAUGUGUCAAGUUCAAAAGUCCCAAGUGAACACCAUGUAGGGAAAUGGACAGCGCACAUUAAAGAAGAGCCACACCUCUAUGCACCCCUACUAAAACCUACCUCUGUCCGUGCAGAAGUCAUCCCAAAGAAGAGAGCCAACUCAGGGACAGGAACACCAUUACACUUUGAAAACCCUCCACAGCAGGUCAACGUUGAGGUGGGGAAACCGCUCAGAGUGUCGUGUUUAUUCAGAAGCAGCGCUCCUGUUGUGUCGUGUUGGAUCAGAAACAAAGAACAGAUAGUGGAUGGUCCGGAGCUGUGGGCAGAAAACACUGAUCAGUGCAGCACUCUUGUAAUUGCAAAGGCUAAACCACAGCACACAGGUCGCUACACCGUGGUAGUGAAGGACCGCAAUAGCUCAGCACAACACACGCUCACUCUUUCUGUAAUAGAGAGGCCGCAGCCUCCAGCUUCCUGCCCUGUGAUCUCCCUCAUCUCCGUCACCAGCCUUGUGCUGUCUUGGUCAGGCCCCUGCUACGACGGCGGCAGUGUUGUCCUGGGUUAUGUGGUUGAGGUAAAGAACAAAGGCGGUGCUGAGCCUGGUGAAUGGCGAGAACUCACUGCCCAGUGUAAGAGUACAUCAUACAGAGUGAGCUCUGGGCUGCAGCCUCAACAGGAAUACUGUUUCAGAGUGAGGGCCUACAACACAGUGGGAAUAAGUGAGCCGGGACCAGUGUCACCAGUCGUAAGGAUGGAGCAGAAAGACAAACCACAAGAAGAGGAACCCCCUCAAGCCUAUUCCUGUGUCACUAUUGACUCCUCCAACAAAGUUACUGAUCACUACAAUUUGCUUGAAAAACUGGGAAUGGGAAAGUUUGGCCUAGUUUUCAAGCUAACCCACAAAGAAACUGGACGUGUGUUUGCGGGGAAGUUCUACAAAGGUCGACGUGCCAAGGAGAGAGAGGCUGCUCGUAAAGAGAUUGAGCUGAUGAAUUACCUUCACCACCCUAAACUGGUUCAGUGCAUCGCAGCAUAUGACCACAGGCCUGAGAUGGUCAUGGUCAUGGAGUUUAUCGCAGGUGGAGAACUGUUUGAACGCAUUGUGGAUGACAGCUUCGAGCACACAGAGCCGGCCAGUGCGCACUACAUGCAACAGAUCCUGGAGGGGAUCGCCUACAUGCACCAGCAGAACAUUGUUCAUCUGGACCUGAAACCUGAAAACAUCGUGUGUGUUGACACCACUGGCACCUCCAUAAAGAUAAUCGACUUUGGAUUAGCCAGCAGGCUUGAUGGAAAAACACCUCUGAAGGUGAUGCAUGGGACUCCAGAGUUUGUGGCACCUGAAGUGAUUAGCUUCGAGCCUGUUGAUCAGGCCACUGACAUGUGGAGCAUCGGGGUCAUCUGCUACAUAUUACUGAGUGGUGAGUCUCCUUUCCAAGGUAACAGUGAUGCAGAGACCCUGGCCUUGGUGACAGCCGCCCAGUGGGAGUUUGACGAGGAUAGCUUUGAUGAGAUUACAGACGAGGCCAAAGAUUUCAUCAGCUCCUUGCUCAACAAGGACACAAGGCGGAGGAUGUCCUGUGAAGAAGGUCUUGCCCACCCUUGGAUGGCAGCAUUUGACUCUGGUGAUCACACCACCACCAAAAAUCUGUCCAAGGAGAAGAUGAAGAGGUUUCUAGCCAGGCAGAAGUGGAAGAAAGCAGGUAAGGCCUUGUUAGCACUGAAGAGAAUGGCUCUGCUGUCUAAGAGUGAUAGCUCUGGGUCUCCUACCUCCCCUGGAGAAGACUCACCACUGAGCCCAGAGGCAGAGCACGCCCUCCAGUCUCUUGAGCGCCAGAUGCAGGGCCCACCCAAUUUUACCCAGAGCCCAAAGGACCAGGCUGUAGCUCAGGGAUCCUGUGCCAGGCUUUCAUGUCACCUCACAGGAUACCCUGAUCCAGAGGUGGUGUGGCUAUGUGGUGAAGAGCCUCUGGAGGAGUCAUCAACAGUGCAGAUAGACUACAUGGAAGAUGGGCAGUGCACCCUGAUCCUAGCCAAAGUUGGUCUAGAAGAUGCCAGUGUUUAUACCUGCAGAGCCACCAACGACCAUGGGGAGGCAUCAUGCUCAGCCAAACUCACUGUUAUGGAGUAGAUUUAUUAUUCUGAUGAAUGCACUCACAAAAAACUGUAUGAACGUAACAUUCUCGAGUGCCUUGAACAGAUGUAUUGUAUAUUCUUGUUUUUUGAACCAAACUGAAAAUUCUGUAGUGUGGCUGGACAUAUAUGAAACAUGUAUUAUUGUACAAAAUGUAUGAACAGAUUAAUAUAGCUACAUAGCUGCAAACAUACAUAAAGGUUUAUAUUUCUUCAUGGAA